AUGUCUGGGUGGGAGCAAUCACUCGCCCCCAGGUUAGCAGGUCUUCCAGACUUCAACUACAAAUUUUUCAUCUUCCUGCUCAUCUCCGGCUUGCUCUCCAUCUUCUUCCUCCUCUACUUCAAUCGGCUCUUCGGCUCGAUAGUCUCCUACGCGAUUCGAACAUGGACCUGGCACCGAUAUAAGGUUUUUCUCGACAUUCAGGCUCUUCAAGUGUCAUUGCUCGCCGGUCGAAUCUUCUUCUCGGGCUUGCGCUAUCACGGCGUCAAUGAAUCAUUCCUAAUUCAGCAUGGCGACAUCACCUGGCGGUACUGGCUGCGGAGGGUGCGCGAAGCCGACGUUCUAGACGACAAGCACUCACAAGGCAAUCACCCUUCUAGUAACGAUAGCAACUCAAAGCUUCCAUGCCGUAUCAAUGUCAGUUUGGUUGGCUUGGAGUGGUUUGUCUACAAUCGCAGUCCAGCCUACGAAGGAGUUCUGGCUGGUCUGAAGCAAGCUGAUGCAGCACGCUCCUCCUCCAACGACGUGUACCACGAGAAACCGAGCGCUGCAGAAAAACCACGUAGGCGAAACUUGAAUGGGAUUGAUCAGCUUGAAGAGAUAUUCCCAUCAUCGCGAAACGGUCGACCAGCCACGGGGCGACAAAACAGCUCUCAAGACGACAGCGUUGCCGGGGAUUUUGGUAGAAUUUCAGAGCCAGAAACACCAUUUAUACUGCAAUGGUUGCCUAUACACAUCGAAUGCAGGACAGCCGCUGCUGUAAUCGGAAAUGAUAACACUAGAGCUAUCCUAGUUGCCAAAGCAAGCGGCCUAACGUGCGAUGUCGAUGCGGGAGCAGCCAGCACGCCAGACCCAUACCGUCAGCUUUUCGAUGUCGAUUUUGAUCACCCUAUCGUUGAAUUCAAGGACAACAAUGACUUCAAAGAGGACCAGCCUACCCGCGCCACCAAAGAACGCGAGAUUGGAAUCCAUUUCGACUCUCAACCCUCAAGAAACUGGUUCCGCCACAGGCGGCGCAAGCUCGUCUCAUCUUUGCGCAACAUGGUACCUUAUUGGAGAAGAUCGGUCGAGUCAUUUUCGGCUGGUUCGCGCACAGAACACGGCACUAGGGAUUCGCAAAUUCCCGCGUCAAAUCGCUGGCAAGGUCUAUCUCGGUAUCUUGACGAUCGUGACCAAGAUGACAAGGCUCGAUGGAACUCGGUCGAGUAUGCUGCUGUGACCACCAUCAUGGACUCACCUUCUGCUCAUCUGCAGGUAUACUGGGAUGCUGUUGCCAAGGUGACGCAACAAAACUCUCGCCCUAACACUGCUGACUCCCUCUUGCAUGUCAACGGCGGCGAUGCGCCUGCGUGGGGGAUUCACUUUACUAUUCGGGGUGGUACUAUGAACUAUGGACCCUGGGCCGAUCGACAACGGGCGGACUUGCAACGCGUCUUCAUACCUGGACUAGCCAAAGAUGCUACACCUGCAAAGCCGCUGACCCCAGGGGAUUGGAGAGUCGCCACAGAGUUCAAGCUCUUGAUUGAGCUAGAAGACACUGUCACACUUCGAAUACCGAUUCGAGAAGAGUCAAAAAACUGGCGCUGGCGUGGUAAAGAGCCCCCUGUCAACCAGCAAGGGCCUCUGAAUCGAAAGCAACGUAACAAGGCUAAGAAGAAGAGCAAAACAGACGUCCAGACUCGUCCUGUCGGAUGGCUCGAGUUUAAACUGCCAAAGAACGCCUCAGUCAAAUACUCGAUGGAUAUGCUUGCCCGACUGGGUGGUUAUAAGAACACGCUUCGAGUUGAUUUGCCAACCUCUGAGCUGUGGAGCAGUGUCAACCAUGAUCUUCUUUGGCGCUCUGGUCCCCAGAGCAUUGUCUGUGAUUUGUCAAACCCUCUCACGUGGAACACGCUUCGAAAUUGGCACUUCAAUAUCACAACUGAUGACAUGAAGCUAUACCUGCUUCGCGAUCACAUCUUUCUUUUGAUAGACUUGGUGAAUGACUGGGCUAGUGGACCACCUUCCGAUUACCUCGUCUUCACACCUUUCAACUAUCAUUUACAUCUACAGCUUCGGAAUCUGCAAGCAUACAUUAAUAUCAAUGAUGGCAACAUUAUCGAUAACGCAACAUCGCAUGACGAAAACAACUUUUUAGUCCUCUCGACUCCCGCUUUGACUACCGAAGCUACAAUUCCGCUCGACAAGUACAUACCAGCAAAGAAUUCCAUUCCUUUCAAUGUUCGAGCUGAAACGCUCACUUUAGCCGCGAGAACGCCUCAAUGGAAUACAGAUUCAGCAUUCUUGGACUCGGCCCUACUUGGCAACGCGGAAGGCCUAGUUAUUUCAGGCAGCUAUCAAUAUAAUGCGUCAACCUCAUCAGCCAACACGGACACAUUGGUCUUGAACGUUUAUGGCCAAUCUCCCCACGUCACCGCCCAUGGCUUUCUCGUACGAUAUCUCAUGCUGCUCAAGGACAAUUAUUUUGGCGAACAUGUACACUUUCGCACGGUCGACGAGUACCAAGAGCAGAUUCAAUUACAAGCUCAAGGAGACGGCGAUGGCAAAAUGGGACCACCGGUUAAGAAGUCGAAUGACUUGGACGUGAUACUUUCUGUCAAAGUGGACGAUCCCCAGAUUAUUGUGCCAACGAAUCUGUACUCUGCGAACCGCUAUAUUCAAGGAGAACUCGCAAGCCUGGCUGUCGACCUACGGUUUACCAACUAUUACAUGGAUUUGGAGCUAGACCUGAGUCCACUAAGUCUGUCUCUCGGUGCCGGUAAUCGAACAGACUCACCAAGCUUAUCGACCUCGAACACACAGCUUUUCAUAGAUGGCAUUCGUGUUUUUGGUCACAGAGCGUUUGGACUGCCACCUGCCGAGCCUACAUACCUUUGUAACUGGGAUGUUUCUGUUGGCGCAGUUCGCGGUGGCUGUAAUGCAGAGUUUCUAUCUGCCCUUACCAAGGGUGCAUCUGCUUUCGGCUUCACAUUUGAUGACGUUGAGAAUGCAUUGGUGCCGUAUUCGUCCCUCGUCUUCCACGACAUUACGUUCAUCAGAGCGCAAGUAGACGGCGUCUCACUAUGGAUACAUUUGCCUGAUGCUGCAUUCCUGAUCUCGACGGGCACGAUUGACGUGAAUAGCAAUGAUUGGGCUCGGUCACAUUACUCCAAAAGAGCAAACGUGACUGUCCCCAACAUUCAAAUAUCAUGUGUCGAUGCUGAAUCUGCGGCCGAACACAAGUCCCGCCACCACCACCCAGUCAAGACCGAUGCAUAUCUGCGAAUGGACAUCCAGCUUGGUUCAAUUGGGCGCAAAGUGAAUUUUGCAGAAGAACGCAAGGCACAACAGGAGCUAGUGCGACGAGAAGAUCAACGCACAGGCAGGACGCCCUUUUUGGUUUUCGACGAAUUGCUCGAUGAAUUCAUACCCGAACAAGUAGAUGUCCCUGCUCAGUGUGCCCCGCCGCCACCAUAUCCAGUUGAUGAGCUCGAGUUUGACAAUGAUUCUGCCGAAAGCAUUCGAUCGUCGAGGUCUUCUCGUAGGAUUAGACGCCAAGGAUCAUUUCUGUCCUUUGCUAGCUCUGGAAGUGGAAGCAGCGUAAGGCGCAGAAUUGCAGGCGUUCGGGGGCAUACGAAGCUGCCUCCACAGGCGUCAUCUCUACGCAGCCGGUUGCAACUGCCGAGCUAUACCCCUUCUACAAGCGCAGCAGAAGAUGGGAGAAAUCGGAGCUAUAGCCAUCCCACUGUCACAUUCUCUAGCCCUUACUUUGCCCCCCAUUUCUCCAUGGAUGGCAUUCAGCCGGACCUGCGCCAACUUGGAACCUUGGAAGGGGAUGAUGCCAACUGGGACGACCCGUUUCGAAAUCCGUCAGCUCAACUCUCUGACAUUGAUCCGCGAAGUAUCAGCGAAGAAUUCGCUUACUCUGGCGCCAUUGUUGAAGUUCCCUCUGGUAUCACUGCUUUUGUGAACCCAGAAGCUGUUAAGCAUGUAAACUCUCUGCUUGAAGUAUUGCAUCCAAGUAGCCCAGAAGACUUAUUGGAUAGUCUGCAAGUGAACUCUAUCAAAGAGAUCUACAGCGCGAAGCAACGCAGUAACGCAGCAGGCGAUAUGACAGACCUGCUCGUCCGACUUCCUGGCGCCCAUAUUCGCUUUUUGAACUCGUCGACCUUGGACAGCUCUGACUCAUCCUCGGAAGAAGUCGAUCAGUAUGAUUUGCAGUUCUCCAAUGUCAGCCUUGUUACCCGAACUGUGCUAGAGCGAAAUAGCACUUCAGCGAUGCACGACAAGUCUAGAACAUCCUUGCAGCUGCGCAUGAGCAACGCUGAACUCUCAGCAACAGAAAGACUCAGCACGGCGCCUAAAGCUCAAGCCGCUGUGAUGAUGCAAAUUGACCAGGUUCUGGUAUCCCUGGGGUCGAAAGACGUGACAUACCUUGAUGUGGACAUUGGAUCUGUUGUCGGCAGUACAGCUUCUGGCGCCAUUGAGUACCUGGCGACUCUGAUACAUCGUACAGGAAACGUUGCUUCAGAAUUGUCAAAUCUACUCGCCCAAUCUUCGCAGCGACAGCAAAACCGCCUACAGUACUGCUGCUGCCGUUUGUUAGAUCUUGGUCGGUCGACCAAUGACCCCCCGUUUCUUAUUCGACCCUCAGCAGUACUUCGGUCAGUGAACCAACACCUGAGGACUGUUGAUUCUUGGAAACUGGCCAUGCGACUGCGGCAAAUCUGGACACUAUUGCCACAGGCCGAUAAAAUCCGUCUCACGCAAGCUUGCAGCACAGGAACAGGACAGCUGCCUCAUAACGCAGCUCAGGCUGCCAUAGAAGCAUUUCAGCAUUGGAGAAGCUGGGACCUCGAAGAUCCCCGACAGACCGUCUUGCUGAGAAAGGUGUUUGGCCCCAUGAAGACCCCGGUUGAACAACAAGGCGACGAGCGUCUCUUCCUAAGUGCGUGCAGACUUGGCGAGUUGCAAUUCAUUCUUGAUCCUGGUCCAAAACAGAAUCGUGUCACUGUCAAAGACCUCAGUAGUAGGUUCGAGCGCAAGCCUGAUGCCUCAGUUGGAGCACAACUUGGCAUACAAGGCAUGGAUGAUCUUCUCAAUACUGUGGACAUUUCCUGCUCUGAUGUUCAUGUAGAUCUGAAUUGGGAACUUUUGGAGCUCGGCCAAACAGUCUUGAAGCUUUACAAUCGAAGUCAGCCGGCAGUUGUCGCGACACCCAAGAAACCAAAACCAAAGGUGGCUGACAAAGAAGCUCAUCGCAUGGCUUUGCACGUCUUUUGUGAGAUUGAAAACGGCUCUCUCAAUCUAGAGACCAUCAACCUUCGCUUCUGCAACCAUUUGAGCGGUUUCAAAUCCUCGGCACUGCUGUACAGGCUAGAGAGUGGCAGAGAAUUCAACAGCCUCAUGCUGAAUUGCGACGCUGUCACGUCAAGGAUGCAUGGCCAUUCUUCCUUGUUAUGGACCUGCCAGCUGCUGAGUCCAUCAGUGACUAUCUCGCAGGAUAUCCCUGAAGGCAAAGCUCAGCCAAUCCACGCCAUCAAAGGAGCUGCUAGCAGUCGCGGCCUAUCGGUCACCGUCGAAAAAGAUAUAAUGGGUCUCUUGGAGAUUGUUGAUCUUGUUAUCAGGGAUGAAGGCGCACAGCUGGCCCAACUCCAGACGUACAUGCCGAAAUCCCAGACGAAAACGCAGUCCCCAUACAUUGCUGGCCAACUGGCAAGCUUCAAGAUCAACAUGGUCAUGUUUCUCGACGGGUACUCUAUCAGCGUGCCGUUGCUUCAGUCCUUGACUUAUAAAGUAGCUGGAGACGUGGCGCGAGCAGCAUUUGCUGCGAAUCAUGGGAAAGAACUUGUGUUUGACUUUGAUGUGAAAGACAAUUCACACGACAUCCAAAUGAAUGUAAACAACAAAUUGCAGAGUAUCUCGAUCUUGCAAAUGCCGCCAACAAAUGGUCGAGUUACAACUCGCGGGGAAAGCUCCGAGCGCACAAUCAAUGUUCUCUUAUCAAUCGAGGUCAUUCGUCUUGACGCAUCAGCUAUCUACAGCUUGCUGACAGCUGUGAAUCGGCCGCAGAUCAGUGCAGAAAUCGAAGAUAUCCAAGAACAACUGAAGUCGAUCCAGGAACAUGUGGGCGAACUUUCCGAUUCCAAGCCUCCCCGGCAUAUACCCGCGACAGUCACAGCGAGCAGUACAAAGACGAUUCAGCUGCCUAUUAUUUACGAUGUACACUUGACUUUGGCUGGAUUCGAGGCGCUCACCAAGACGUUCCUCAAAAAACCAGAAGAGCCAUUCGCACACUUACUUUUCGCGCUUGACAAAUUUCGUCUACAGGCAUCGAACAGGAACGUUUCCUCGGGGGUUAUUAUGAAAUAUCCUGAGCUGAGCCUGCAUUUGCAGAAUAUUGGCUUCGAUGUACGUCGAGGCCACGAAGGGAAAACCAGAUCAUGUGGCAACCUCGGAGCAAGUGUCACUGUAAACGCCGGCUCAAGAAGAUCACGAGACGGGAAAGAGGAAUGGAUUUUUAAUUUUAUGAGUGAUGAUCUUCAUGUUAUUCUGUCACCUGAAACUGUCUCGACGGUCAUCGACAUUCUUGGCUAUAUGAGCUCAAGAAUCAAAGAUCUGGAUACGUCCCGCGAGCUGGAAUAUCUGCGCAAAUUGAGACAAUCCAAGCCACGCAUUUCGAUCAACGACGACGAUGUAUCUGGAGCAGAUGAGGAGGACCUGCUUGAUUCAGUCUUGUCGUCUGUGGUGUACCGGUUCCAGCUGCGAAACAUUCGUGCUAGCUGGGAUGUUGCUAAAGAGGCCGAUCAUACUUCAGAUGACAAGGAAGAUCUUCAUUUCUCCAUAUCCUUGAUUGAGUUUGGCACCAGAAGCAAGAAAUCUGCUCGACUAACCAUUGAAGACUUGCAGCUACAGAUGGUGCCACCUGGACAUGAAAGGGGGACAAGAUCCCUUCACUCGGCUCUCUUACCUGAAGUCACGUUUAACGUUGCGUACAUUUCUACAGCUGAUGCUCGGCGUCUUGCCUUUCAAGCAUUCGGCAAAUCAUUGGAUUUGAGACUCACAUCAUCGUUUAUUCUGCCCGCUGCCCACUUGGUGCAAUCAAUAUCCUUGUCGGCCAAAAACGUACAGGAAGCCUCUGCACAAUGGACGACGGACACUGUGCAAGACACGUCCAACAAAGAGCCCGUCGAGAUACCCUCCAUCAAACAACGCUCCAUUAUAGGCAACAAGCGACUUGAAAGCCUCCUGCUAGACGCUGACUUUGCUGGAGCCGUUGUCCAUGUAUCCAGCAGUAACAAGGAACAAAGUCACAAUGGGCCAUCUCUUGGAGGUAAAUACGGCCAGUUCAAUGUGGAUGACUCCGGAAGCAGUGCAGUCCUACGCAGCCCUGGAGUGGCAUUCAAGGGAGAGUUUCGCGAUGACGGCAAAGCGGAUCCGUCGCUCUUUGCCGAAAUCAAGAUUGAUGCGUCUGAAAACAUUCUAUAUCCUUCGGUCGUUCCUUUAGUUCUCGAUAUCUUGUCAAAUAUCAAGGAAGUUGUGAGCGACAAAGACGACGGACAAAAAGCUCCCGCGCCACCUAAGCUUAAGCCUCAGAAAACAGGCGAAGAGGAUAAUAUUCUCACUGCGGACCCCAGUACCGUUAUUGGCCGGCUGAAACUGAAUCUGGGUUUGAGAAUCUGCGAGCAGAAGUUUUCUUUGAGCUGCCAGCCUAUUGCCCGAGUUGCUGCUACAACAAGCUUCGAUCACUUCUAUCUCACCUUCAAUACGAUUACCUCACAUGAGCAUGGCGACUUCUUCGCUAUUUCCGGAGUUCUGACGAAACCGCAGGCAUCCGUCAAGCAUGUAUAUUCAAGAGAGCCAACAGCUAGCUUUGCUCUUGAUACAGUCACCCUGUCUCUUAUGAACAGCAAGCAUGUUAGUGGCGUGAGUGGAGUCUCGGCCAUUCUCAACGUCAGUCCAAUGGCCAUCUCUGUCAACGCACGUCAGGCACCAGAUUUCCUGCUUUUCCGAGAAAUUUGGUACCCAGAGGAGCUGCGCCACGCUGAUUCGGCGCCAGUGGCAAAGCUAGAAACGGAGACUUCCCAAGUUCAUUUGGUUCAACGAUAUCAGCAAGUUGCUGCCACUGCUGCCUUCCCCUGGACCGCUACCGUCUCGAUUGCAGCGCUGGAUGUGAGCAUCGAUCUUGGCCAGUCUAUUGGAAAAUCUGUGUUUCAAAUUCAAGAGUUGUGGGUUUCCUCCAAGAAAACAUCAGACUGGGAGCAGAACCUAUGCUUGGGGUUUGGCAAGAUCGGUAUCGACUCUACUGGCCGUUUGAGUGGUUUCAUUGCUCUGGAGCACUUCCGACUCCGAACGUCAAUUCAGUGGCCAAAGCGCGAGGAGGCGUUGAAUGAGACGCCUUUGGUUCAAGCUGCACUGGCAUUCAAGGCUCUUCAAAUCAAAGCAGCUUUUGACUAUCAGGCAUUCCUCGUCGGAGAUGUAACGUCGCUCGAAUUCUUGAUGUACAAUGUCCGGGAAAGCAGACACGGCAGCGGAGACCGUCUUGUGGCAAUCUUCAACGGCGACGCGAUCCAGCUCUUCGGCACCACCUCUUCGGCUGCACAGGGGGUGGCUGCGUACCAGGCACUAAAGAGGCUUGUUCAAGAGAACAAAGAAAGCUACGAGUCAUCUCUAAAGGAGAUUGAAAAGUUCAUCAACCGUAAGUCGGUCGGUGGACGGAGUAGCUUGCAGCCGCGAAGCACCAUCCCCAAGCUUCCUGAGAAUGACACCAUGUCCAAGUCGCCCAUUUCUCUGGACACGGAUGUUGUCGUGACGCUGCGCGCACUAAAUCUCGGCGUCUUUCCCAGCACAUUCUCCGACCACCAAGUCUUCAAGAUGGAAGCACUGGACGCCUAUGCGAGGUUUGCAGCCAGCAUGAAGGAGCGAAAGAUUCAUAGCUUACUGCGCAUGACCUUGGGACAGCUCCGCGUCGGCUUGGCAGGCGUGCGAAACGUGGAAGCUCCACGAACAUUGAGCGAGAUGCGGGUUGAGGACGUCGUGGAGAGAUCAACAGGCUCCCGCGGCGGUACCAUUCUCAAAGUGCCCUACGUAGAGGCGCUCAUGGAGACGUGGCAGUCGCCCAACACCAACCACAUCGACUACAAGUUCAAGAGCGCCUUUGAGGGUAAAGUCGAGGUUGGAUGGAACUACUCGCGCAUCAGCUACAUCCGCGGCAUGCUGGCAAACCACAACAAGUCUCUGGAGCAGGUUUGGGGCCGCCAGCUGCCCCUGACGGCGGUCAAGAUUACCGGCGUGCCGGGCCUCGGCACCGAGAAGAAGAGCACGGAAAGCCUCGCCGGCGGUGGGCUCCUGAACCAGGACCGCACCGGCGAGGAGGGCGAGGAUCAGGAGUCGCCGGCGGCGCAGCAGGGCAAGAUCACGGCCGAGGUCAACGUGCCGCAGUCCAAGUACAACUACACCGCGCUCGAGGAGCCCAUCAUUGAAACGCCGCAGCUGCGCGACAUGGGCGAGGCGACGCCGCCACUCGAGUGGAUUGGUCUGCAGCGCGACAGGCUGCCCAACUUGACGCACCAGAUUGUGAUUGUGGCUCUAUUGGAGUUGGCGGGCGAGGUCGAAGACGCAUAUGAACGUAUCUUGGGAUCAUCUUGA